AUGGUGGAUGCUGCGAUUGCAUCGGAAAAGAAGGAGAAGAUUAGUAUAGCCAGCCCACGCACCGUCUCGCUACGACCACGCUCUUCAGCUGAUCGCACAACCAAGUCCGUGCUCCGAAUCCAGUCUGUGUUUCGCGGUUAUCGCGCCCGCAUCUCUUUCCGCCUCGCCCUUUACGAAGACGCACUGAGUUGUGGCGUGCUAGGAGCGAUGCCGUGCACAAUUCAGGGCCGAUCAGGCUGGUACCUGGACCCGAAGCGCCUUUGGGAGCAGAAGCACACGCUGCGCUGCAGUCGUUUGGUGCUCACACCGUACGAGAUGCAGCAAGAAAUCUUAACUAAAGCUCCGGCACUGCCGGCGGUACUGCCAGCGGCACCUGCGAUUGAGUAA